CUAGAACCCUAUGUGCCAGCACCACAGGCGGAGGAUUAGCCUAGUGGCUGCGGCGCCGGCCUGUUUCCUUAGUCUUAAGAGGAACACAGGGACCUGACACCCUUCCAGUAAGGCUGGGGAGCGAUGCCCUCACAGUAGGCGAACACUCACUGUUGGGGGGGUUGAGUGACCUACGCAGGACCAUAGGCUGAGCUGUUAGUUCUGAUGCCCUUUCUACCCCACCCCACCCCCAGCUGCUGUUUCUUAGCCACAGUGCUCUGGACAUGAGACCAAUUACAGGGUUGUUUUAAAAUUGUUUUAUUUUAACGGCAGAGAAAGAGGAACAUCUUUCAGCUGUUGGUUCACUCCCCGAAUACCUGCGACAGCCAGGGCUGGGAUCUCCCACGUGGGUGGCAGGGACUCAGCUACUUGGGCAUUUACCUGCUGCCUCCCGGAGCGCACACUGAGAGGAAGCUGCAUCACAAGCAGAGUGGCCAGGACUCGAACUUGGCAUUCCAGUCUGGCGUGCAGGCUUCCCAAGCGGUGGCUUAACUGCCACGCCAAGCGCCUGCUCAGGUGGCAGGUUUUGAAUACUAUGCUUGGUCCUUAAGGGCAAGGAUGUAUUUUUACGUAUCUCUGUACUUUCUGUCACAGGGCCUGGUAAAAUAAGAAAACCUGGUAAUCAGGUUAUUAUUGGUAUUGAACGAACAAUAUCAGAUAUCUGCCUGGGAACAUGACACAUAGGGGAAAAAGCAGGUUGCAGGAGGAUGGGCCCUAAGGUGCCAGGCUCUUCAGACCCCGAGGAGGAGAGUGUUCUGUACUCCAACCGAGCGGCGUGCCACCUGAAGGAUGGGAACUGCUCAGACUGCAUCAAAGACUGCACGUCAGCACUGGCCUUGGUUCCUUUCGGCAUUAAGCCCCUGCUGCGGCGAGCCUCUGCCUACGAGGCCCUGGAGAAGUACUCCCUGGCCUACGUCGACUACAAGACUGUGCUGCAGAUUGAUGAGAACGUGAUGUCCGCCGUGGAAGGCGUCAACAGAAUGACCAGAGCUCUCAUGGACUCACUCGGGCCCGAGUGGCGCCUGAAGCUGCCCUCUAUCCCCUUGGUACCUGUUUCAGCUCAGAAGAGAUGGAAUUCCUUGCCUUCAGAGAACACCAGAGAGACAGCUAAAAGCAGAUCCAAAGAAAACACAACUGUGAAGAACAGAGUGCCUUCUGCUGGGGAUAUGGAGAGAGCCAGAGUUCUGAAGGAAGAAGGCAAUGAGCUUGUAAAGAAGGGCAACCAUAAGAAAGCUAUUGAGAAGUACAGUGAAAGCCUCUUGUUUAGUAACCUGGAAUCCACCACAUACAGCAACAGAGCGCUCUGCCAUCUGGUCCUGAAGCAGUACAAGGAAGCUGUGAAGGAUUGCACAGAAGCCCUCAAGCUGGACGGGAAGAAUGUGAAGGCGUUCUACAGGCGGGCUCAAGCGUACAAGGCUCUCAAGGACUAUAAAUCCAGCUUUGCAGACAUCAGCUGCCUCCUGCAAAUUGAGCCCAGGAACGUCCCUGCACAGAAGUUGCGGCAGGAAGUUAACCAGAACCUGAACUGAAAACCCCAAGAGGCGACAGGAAGCUCCUUCCCGACUCCCCCAGAGCAGCCAGGAGCCUCCUCUUCUGCGCCCCCUCUUGAAACCCAGCAUGCCCAGAGUGAGCUCUCACGCUCCCUCCUUGGCCCCUCAGACCGUGGCCUCCUGCCCCGGAAGAGCCUUUGCUUGUUCAAAUGAACCUCAGAGUAGUCACACCCAGACCUUGUUUUGCCAGAAGGUCCCCAUGAGAGCUGAAGCGGGAAGCUGAGGUUCUGGCCCCAUCAGCUGUGAUUCUGAAAUCUGACACAUUACACACAAAGCUUUGUCCCUGCCCCAAGCAUGUUCCAGAUUCCUUGUAACUUCACCAGACCCCAUGUCCGUUGCAGUGAACCUGAACAAACGGAGCUUCUGGGCAGGGGUCGGGGGGAUCCUAAAGAACCCUGGGCCCACCUUCGCCCAUAGCAGUCUGUCGAGCUGGUUCUCCAAGGCUGCAGCCUCCCCAUGGGGCAGCUGCCGUCCCCACUCUGCCCUUGGCACAGUCAUGUGUCUGAGCCCCAGUGCCUUUUGUCCAGGCCCUCUGCUGGGGAGGCAGAGUGCUGGACUCUGCUACCUUCUGCAUGGAGGUACCCACGUGGCGGCAAGAGCCCAGUGGCUGUGGCCGCUUCUCCUGGAGGUGGGAUGGGGACUUAGCAGUGACCACUAGUCACUGCCUCACGGUCAGUGUUCUUCCAUUCCGCGCAGGGACUUGCCUUCUUGCAACAGUGGCCCCUCCAGGCUUCUUCAUUCUUUGUGAUAUGUUGAAGUUCAUUUGAACUGACUCUGGUUCUGUUGAGCUGUGUGUUUAGCUACUGCAUUAAAAGGCUUCCUUCUACAUAA